AUGAGCGUCCACUGCGUCCUGCCGUCCGCUGGCCGGAGCUUCUCUUUAUCGUGUCCUGCCGCUGGACUACUUCGCUGCCUUCUAACUGCUCGCACCUCUAUCACACGAAGAAACAUGUCCUCUAAAAGACAAAUGGACCAUCUAGAGAGGACGGCAAACAACCAAAGACAAAAUGUUGUGUAUCCUGCUCAAGUAUGCGGUAUCAUGAACGAGUCGGAGACGGUAAAACGUCUUAGGCUAACGGCACAUCCGGAAUUUAACUUUAAAGCAGGACAAUGGGUGGAUUUUUUCAUCCCAGGAGUGGAGAAGGUGGGAGGUUUCUCCAUGUGCUCCAGUCCGGGUUUGUUGCAGAGGGAGGGCGUCGUGGAGCUGGCCGUCAAGUUUGCCAAUCACCCACCGGCGCAUUGGGUUCACACAGCGUGCAAGCUAGGCUCUCAAGUAGCGAUGCGCGUCGGCGGCGACUUCUACUUCGACCCCUCACCUUCGGACCCUGCGGUGGAUUUGCUCCUAGUGGCGGGCGGCGUGGGAAUCAACCCACUGUACUCUAUUUUGUCACACUCGGCUGAUCUAUUGCAGCUUAGCCGAGCUUCCGGCGGGCGGGAUUUUAAUAUCGGAUCGGUUCAUCUCUGCUACAGUGCUAAGACCACUCAGGAGCUGCUUUUCAAGAAUCCGAUCCUUCGGGCGUGCAAGGAGUUCCCUGACAAGUUGACGUGCGAAUUUCACGUCACCCAGCAGAGCACAGAUAUCGAACCACAGCUUCAGCCAUUUGUUAACCGUCGAAGAAUCGGCGAGCCCGAGCUGGAGACUCACGUCGACCCACAAAGGACUUUGUGUUACCUAUGCGGACCUCCGCCCAUGAUCGAGGCAGUUUCCCAAAUCUUAUUGGGCCUCGGCUUACCGCAGGACAGAAUUCUCUUUGAGAAGUGGUGGUAG